UUUGUAGCAUUACGGCGGGACUUUUUUCUUCUUCUUCUUGCUGCUGCUAAAAAUGCCGAAACGACCUUGUCCUUUCCCGGAAACGUUUUCCUCUCAAUAUAAAAUACACGUCGGACAACAGGAGCUGAACAAUUAUGGAGUUUUUGGGAACAUAUACAGACAAGAAGUUUACGAAAAGACAAAGAACUUGCUCUUCAAUGGUGCCAAGGCUGUGAUGGGCAAAAUAUGGACCGGAGAGGAAAGGUGCACCGACCCACAGCCCGCUGGGCCAGCUCAGAUACCUGCAUCAUGCAACCAGACAUUGCUGAGAGGACAGACACUGAUUGGACAUGAUGGGAGACUGACGAGACUGAACACCACACAAGGUGCACCAGUGGCUUCAACAGGCUGCUGUGUGUGUCAGAAGAGCCAGGGGUCCAGGACAUCGUGCUCCCAAUGUGACCGUCUAGCCUGUUCCUCCUGCACCCGACAGUGCUCAAGCUGCUCCGGCCCCUGCUGCUCUGUCUGCAGCAUUAUAGAUUACAGCGGGCAAUAUGAUGAAGUACUAUGCUGCAGCUGCUCGACGUAGGAGGACUAUUGAAGGGAUCAGGAGUUUAUGCUUGAACAUAUGUCGUUGCCUCAUGAUAUUAACAAGGCUGCAUUUUAUAUGUGAUAUUUUUAUGUGAUCCAAAUGUGUGUACAUAUAUAUAUGUGUAUUAAUUGAAUUCCAAUAUUAACUGAAAUAAACUUGAACACUUUUGUA